AUGUCCCCGUAUGCCGUUUCCGCCAAUUCGCUCGCCUUCAUUGGCCCCGCUCACGCUCCUACGCUCACCGAGUUCUGCUACGUUCGGGUGCUCCACGUUGAAGGAGAUAGCGCGACGGUGCGCGUUGUGGGCCCUGAUGCCGGGGAGGAUGGCCACGAACUCCAGCUUCCAGUCGCUGCGAUAGACCUCCGCGUCGUCGAUGCCGCCGAGGCUGAACUCUGGCCCGGAGAUUACGUGGGACAACCCGUCGCGUUCGUUCAACCCAGCGGUCCUUCAACAGGCCAGUGGGCAUAUGGAGUCGUGAUCCGCUACGAGAUGUUGGCGGCCGGCCCAUCGCUCAGCCUUCUCGUGCAACAGAAUGCAGUGAUUAUGGCCUGCCGCAGGCGUCGAGGAGAGCUACCAGCGUCGGUGCAGUCCAUGCUGACAGCUCCCUUCAUACCCGAGGAAAUCGUGCCUCUCAUCCGCCCCCACGAUCUCGCAACGGUGCAAGUACGACGGCAGCACGUUCUCGAUUGCCUCAUGGGCCAGCGCAAAAAGAACGCUCUAGCCAUUUACAACGACCCGCAAUUGCCACGUACCGAUCGAUCAGGCCCCGGAGCUGCACCACAGCGACCCAUGUCAUCUCACAUGCCUGAUGACCUACUGAGUAUCACAAGCAAGGCAACGGAUGAUGAUAUCCAGGCGUUGCGCAAUCAGAAUCGUAUGCUUGGUAAGCGAUCAAGAGCCCCGGAACGGGAUGGUGCAUCGGCACACGACGAUCGUCUUGACUAUGGACCCAGUCGGGGUGCGUUUCGACCAGCAGCGACCCAGCAGCGCGUAAGCCGGACAAUUUUACACUGCGAUUUCGAGGUAAGUCGUGCAACUACAUUUUCGAACGUAUGCAGCAACGAGUCCACGCCCCCCUUCCUCGCCGUGCCACCCGUGUGCCGUGGCCUUCUCGACUUUGGAUUUGGCGUCCAUGGACUCUCACUGAUGUACUGCCAUCCGGCAGACUUGAUGACUCGCAUAAAUGCCCAUGGUUCGACUGUCAGCUUUACCGACUUCUCGAAACGCAACACGCUGCGCCCAGCUCAAACGUCAAGGUCGCGCACCGAUGUCAGCAGAUCAUUGCGGUCCCUUCGCAAAUUUGCUGAGCAUUUUUACACUCAGACGGUUGUGAACCUUGUUGACGAUGCGAUCAGCUUUAUCGACUCUUACCAAGGCCUGUUCGACUCCGACAGUCUUAUGGCGUUCUGGAUCACGAGCAAGUUUAGCAAGUUUCGGAGUAUGAUUGUCUCGCGCGAUGUUGACGCGGCCCGGAGUAUCGGUAAGUAA